CAACACGCUCAACUUUGUUCCACCCUUUGAAACGUUCCAAAAGUUUUUUUUAUUUGCUCGGAGUGGAGGAGACUGGGUAAGAGAGGAAAAACAAGCAGAAGACGAGUAACAAAGUAAAGCUGAAACUUAGCCUGUAGACCCGCAUUGCAACGGCAGAAAGGGAACAGGUGGGCUUAACCGGAAUAAACACUGGCUCAAAGCUGGAGGCAGUCAAUAUAUAGGCUUUGUGGAAUGGAUUUCUAGGGGUCAUGGAUAUCAGGUUGCAACGGGAGGAGGCAUCAUCCCAGGAGGUGUUCAACUAUGCCCAGAUGUCAACCCUAGAGCGAAACAGCGGUGUAGGGACGCUGAGUCGGCAUCUGGAGAGAGAGAGAUUCGAGAGAGACAGUUACACGGUGGAUGUCAGGGCCAGUGACCUGCAGCUGGAUAAACCUGGGCUAUUGCAUCCCUGCUUCAGCUACAGAGUCUGGCUAUACAGCGUUGUCAUUGGGAGUAGCUUGCUGAUAGCUGCAGUUUUCUCUCUCUACAUGGGUAACGUGUUUCCAACUGCAAUGGAUUACCUGCGGUGUGCUGCAGGAUCUAGUGUACCAGCUGCAGUGGUGAGCUUUGCUAUUGCCAAGAACAGACAAGUUGCUGUCUCAGAUUUUCAAAUGGUCUAUGUGUCAUCUUUUGCUGUUACAACAACAUGUCUAGUGUGGUUUGGAUGUAAGCUCGCCAUUAGUCCCUCAGCCAUCAAUAUUAACUUUAACCUGCUCCUGCUUAUUGUGCUGGAGGUGUUGACGGCAAGUACUGUUAUCCUAUCAGCACGCUCGGCUGAGGAUUGCUGCAGUCACAGCAAGCCAGUGUAUAAUGGCCCUGUGGUUGUGACCCCGGCGACGUUCCCCACCCGUCUUCUCAAGGCUUAUUCCGUAAUUGAGGUUAUAGUGGGCAUCUCUACUGUAUUUGGAGGAAUUAUUGCUCUGAAUCUGGGCACUCUUCUCCCAGAACCGUACCUUUCUGUCACUUUCUUCUGGAUUCUAGUAGCUUGUUUCCCUAGUGCCAUUGCCAGCCAUGUGGUGGCAGAAUACCCCAGCAAGAGCUCGGUGGAAAUGUUGAUUGCUAUAAGUAGUGUGACCUCACCACUGCUGUUCUCAGCAUCUGGGUUCUUGUCCAGCAGUGUGAUUAAUUUCAUUGAGAUCUUUCUGCAUGAAGUGCCAUUAGCAAAGCUGUCAUAUGACAUAUUGCUGCUCAUCCUGAUGGGGUUACUGCUGGUACAGGCGGUGCUGACAUUAGCCACCAUAGUACAGUGUGCUUCAUACAAGAGCCAACUCCGCAUGGGAGCACCUGAAUGGAACACACUACAAUUGCCAAGACAUUGUGAGCAACCGACGUCAAAUGGCACUCUACGGGAGUUUGACAAAGACAAGGCCUGGAAGGCAGUGGUGGUCCAAAUGGCCCAGUGAGCAAAGAAACAUGAAACAUAGGGGAAAAGCUGAAAAAAAACUAAAAGACACAUUUGUGUGUUGUACAAAGAUGGAGGAUAAAAUAUCAGCAGGAGAAAGGGAUCUGGACUAGAAGAAACGUAUGGAAGAUGAGAAGACAUUGAAUGUAAAGGACGAAAUAUUAAGAAUUUAAUCAUUUCUUUUAUGUGAGGUGGCCUGUCAUAUAUUGUAUAAACAACUUUUCUCUCACAAAAUCUUUGGAAUCAAUUACAGUGUAGGACGUUUUAGUGGUUUUAAGAAGGCUUUUGCAAAGAUUUAAAAUAUAAAUAUUUGUGCACAUUCAUGAACAUUACCAUACCUGUUUGAAUGUAACAUUUCAUGUGAUAAGGAAAUGGCUAUGCAACAGAUUAUAGUCUAUGCAAUUUAAUUGUGAACACAUCACGCAUGUACAAUCCAGUACACUGUAUAUAUAAGAGUUUAACACAAUAGAAAACUUAGUGUAUGAUGGUAUUUACUUCUAACAUACUGUAUUCCUUACUGCAGUUCGGUCUAUAAUUAGCUGUAUGUGACAAAUUCAUCAUUUUAAUUAUGAUGCUAUUGUAGAUCAAUAAAUAUAUAUAUUGAGAUAUUUACUUAAGAUUAUGUUGCAGUAAAU